AUGGUACGGACCCGGAAAGAAAGAAAAGCUGCUGGCGACACCAAGCUCGCACAGCCCGACCGCUCCGGCCCGAACGAGACCACCCUGCUCCAGCUCGCCGACGAGCGCAACCUCUUUGAGCAAGCAGAGCGGCGCGAGAAGAGUCAACGAGCACGACGAGAGGGCGCCGAGGAGGACGAAGAGGAUGCACCACUGUCGCCAGUUUUCGAGAGGGUCAUGGAGACAAUACUCUGGAGUGUGAGCUUGGCCAUGUUGCACUUUACCCUCGACGUCCUCGUCCAACAUCAGUACGCAAUGCGACUCGUCUGGCCCGAUAUCGUCAUCCGGGCUGUGCAAGCUAUGAUUGUGUUCUUUCUGCUCUUCUACGUGCUCCAUCCCCAUCCGUCAUCGCCCGUCCUCCUACCCGGUUUACCUCUCCGGUUCCAGCCCUAUUUGCGGCAGACUAUCUUCCUCGCCGCAAGCAUCGCCUCCGGGUGCUACCUGGUCCACAUCUCGACCACCUACGGAUACAUUGCUGUCAUGAAGCGGUCUCCGCCGUUGGGCUGCCUGUGGGUUUGGUCUGUCAUUGAGCUCGAACUGCCUCUAGCCGUUGCUUCCCUCGCUUGUACUGGUGGCUUCUUCUACCAAGGAGGAUAUACUAUCAAGUCAUGA